AGCAUUCUUCUAAAUAUUUUCACUCAUAGACAGCAUGAAGGGAUUUCGAAACUUUGGAAAAGGGAUAAAAAAAACCUAUGCCAAGGGGACUUUAAUUUAUAACAGGCUUUUUUUCACCUAAUUGGGUAACUUAACUCGUUUUUCUGAAAGUGUAUUUAAGUUUUGGUGUGCCAACUGUUUUCAUAUUUUUCCAUUUUUUGCAACAAUGCAAACAAAGAUUUUUAAAAAUUACUCGACCUAUUUGCAAAAACUUUGCGUUCAUGUCUAGAAGCCCAACAAAAUUUAGGCGGCCACAGUUCGUUGCUGACUUACUUGGACCACAUAUAUUUUAUAAUGCGUCCCCAAUUCAAUGGCCUAAGAGCUCUAAGCAUAAUUCUUCUCAGCACAGGGUAUACUGCAGAGGCUAACAACUCAACGAGUAGCUGGUGGCAGGGAAUUCCCAAUGCCUUUACGGAUAUUCUUACCUUGAAAUUGAAUAUUUUUACAGCAUUUCCGCUGGAAUUGGCAGCAUCCGUUAUUGAUACCUUGUGCUCCUCCACGCUGUUUAUUGGAAGCGUGCCUCCGCAAAUACAGCCGGACAUAACGAAAAUGCACUUUCAGUAUAUGACGCCAUGCCUGAAUUAUAGCGUUCCGUUAUUGAAAGCCGAAAAGUUAUGGAAUCAUCCGAAAUUUCGACAGAAUCAUAAAUUGGUCAUCCUGGCUACGGGCUGGACAAAUACCGUUAACGAUUCUGCCACCAUAUCGAUGAUAUCGAGGGCUUUUAUGUGUCGGCCUGCUGUUAAUUUUGUGAUUGUAGAUGCGGCCUAUUACGUGGACACAUUGUACAAGUGGUCGGCCCUGAACACAGAUCUCAUUGGGGAGCACCUAGCCGUCGGUUUACAGCAUUUGAUAAAGGUGAUGCCAUUGAUGGACAUUCAUUUGAUUGGUCAUUCAUUGGGCGCCCAUAUUAUGGGCACUGCUGGUCGCACAUUCAAAAAACUAACGGGACGUCUUGUGUCUCGUAUAACUGGUCUGGAUCCAGCCAAGCCCUGUUUUCGCAAUGAAAAAUCACUGCCCGGACUGAUGCGUGGCGAUGCUGCGCUAGUGGACGUUAUACACACAAAUAUUGGCAUUUUGGCGAAACGAGAUCCGUUGGGCGACAUUGACUUUUAUCCUGGAGGUGCACAUCCCAUUAAGCCCGGCUGCCUGACUAUUGGCUGCUCACACACGCGUGCUGUUGAGUAUUUUGCGGAGAGCGUCUAUCCGCAACAGGAGAGAAAUUUCCUGGGUUUCAAAUGCAGGUCGUGGAAAGAGCUCGAAAGGCGAAAAUGUCAGACCGACAAAACUUCAACAAUGGGCUAUAUGAUUAACCGGAAGGCGACUGGCAUUUUUUACGUUGAUGUUAAUGGCCAAAGCCCGUAUGGCAAAAACUUCAAUCCGUUGAAACGAAAACAUGUUGACUGCGCCAAGCCCAAGUGCAGAUCUAAGUUAUCCAGUAAAGUUCAGUCUUAACAACAGCA